UUCUUCUCCUUCUUCAUCGUCGGGAAGAGCUCAUCGUUGUGAAUUCUCUCCGAUCAUGUCGUCGAAGAAAGCGAAGACGAAGAACGAGGCAAGUAGCAGUCGUGGUGGCGUCAGCGGAGAGAGUGUAGUCGCUGAUUGUGGACGAAAUAAAUCAACUUGCGGUUACUGUAAAUCUUCUACCCGCUCCAGUAUCUCUCACGGUUUAUGGACAGAGAGACUCACCGUUAAUGACUACCAAGCUCUUCUUAACCGUGGAUGGAGACGAUCUGGCUGCUUCCUUUACAAACCUGAGAUGGAUAAAACUUGUUGCCCUUCUUAUACAAUCCGCUUGAAAGCAAGCGAUUUUGUUCCUUCUAAGGAACAGCAGCGAGUGCGUAGAAGACUAGAAAGGUUCUUGGAUGGAGAACUAGAUGCGAAGCCGAGUGAGCAGACAGAAGAUCAAGACGUUUCUUUCUCCCGCGAAGUUUCAGUGUCUGUGAGAAAAUCACUUGGAGUUGCUAAAAGAGAACAAAACAAUGAAGUGGAACCAAUCAUGAAAGAUUUGGCUGAACAAAUUGAGAAUGCGGUACAAAGAUGCAUACAAAGUGGUGAGUUUCCUUCUAAUAUUCAGAUUCCCAAAGCUUCAGUAAAGAAAGUUCUCUCUGCUAAAAGGAAGAAACUAGCUGAAGGGUCAGAAGAACUCUUAUACACCAGUAACAUUGCUUUUCCAAUAGUAGCUGCAAUAAAACGCACAGAGACAUCUGAGAAAGGCAAAAACGUAGAAGAAAACAGAUUAUCACCAGAGGCUGUUUCUGAGAAGUUGUUAAGUGCAAUGAAUAAGGUAGAAGAGUUUACUGGUUUUUCUGUUAAGGUCUCCAAGGGCCAUAUCAACUUCCUUUCAGCUACUGGAGUUACUUCCUCAGAUAGAAAUGAAGGUGAAGAAAGAUUCUGUGCUACAACAACAAAGUCUUCUUCGAACAAGCUUCAUGCAAGAAAGCGGAAGCUGGAGAUGCACUUGAAAAGGUCGAGUUUUGAUCCAGAGGAAUAUGAAUUAUACAAACGGUAUCAACUGAAGGUGCAUAAUGAUAAGCCGGAGAGCAUCUCAGAAACUUCAUACAAAAGGUUUUUGGUUGACACUCCGCUCAUUGAAGUUCCGGCUUCAGGUUAUGAUGACGAAGAAAAGGUUCCUCCUUGUGGCUUUGGUUCUUUCCAUCAACAAUACCGAGUUGAUGACCGUUUAAUUGCUGUUGGGGUGAUUGACAUUCUUCCUAAAUGUUUAUCUAGUAAAUACCUAUUCUGGGAUCCGGAUUUCGCAUCCUUGUCUCUUGGAAACUACUCAGCCCUGCAAGAAAUCGAUUGGGUAAAACAGAACCAAGCUCAUUGCUCUACUCUUGAGUAUUACUAUCUUGGCUAUUACAUACAUUCCUGCAACAAGAUGAGAUAUAAAGCAGCCUAUCGUCCGUCAGAGCUUCUAUGCCCUCUCCGGUACCAAUGGGUUCCAUUCGAAGUAGCCAAGCCUCUGCUUGAUAAAAAGCCAUAUUCCGUCUUGUCCAAUUUCACUAAGGUGUCUCUAUCAUCAUCAUCAUCACCUCAAGCUUCUGAAAACCUAGUGGAAUCCACGAGGGAACAUGAAGACAUGGAGCAAGGGGAUACAAAUGAUGAUGAUGAUGAUGAUGAUGAUGAUGAUGAUGAAAUGUAUAACUCUGAUGAAGACUCAGACUCAGACUCUAGCAGAAACCGGAGUGACAUUACCAAUAUCCUUAUCAGUCUUGAUGGACCUCGACUUCGAUACAAGGAUAUACCACGGAUCAAGAAUCCAGUGGUUCAGAAACAACUGGAAUCCAUGUUGGUUAGUUACAGGAAAGUUGUCGGAGCCGAGCUAUCGGAGAGAAUGGUGUAUGAACUCCGGUAACAUUAAGCUUAACUCAAGCCACUUAAAAGCAUUCUGUAACAUAAUUAUAAUAUCGGUAAUGUCAUGUUUCUCUUUAUUUUGAUCACAUGAUACCAAAAAGAUGUAAUUUUUUUUUGGGUACUUGUACAUGUUUACUUU